AUGACAACCCAUUUCGCUAUAGCCGCCACCGCUAAAGGGCAAUUCGACGCCGUCCAGGUCAAGACUGAGACAACGCCUGGCGAUGGAAAAGUGCUCAUCGAAGUUGCAUACGCUUCUAUGGUGGCUUUCGACACCUAUAUCACCGAUUUGGGGCUGGGUGUUGUGGAAUAUCCCGUCGUUCUGGGGCUCAAUGUCUCUGGGACAGUGAAGGAAGCUGGUGGGGCUUCCCAUUUAAGUAUUGGAGACCGCGUUAUUGGUUUCAGCAUCUAUGGAGGAGGCAAGAAGGACGCGUUACAGGGAACUAUCCAAGAAUACAUCGUCCUUCCGGCGUACUUGAUUCCUGAUACUCUUUCCCUUGAGUCCGCCGCAACCAUACCGGACAAUUUUAUCACCUCCUUCUUCUCCCUCUUCGACCACCUCUCCCUCUCCAUUCCCCAGAGCUUUCCCGCACCAAGUGUACCAGCAAAUCAUGACGUAUCCAUCUUAAUAUAUGGCGCUGGCACUACUACAGGUCAAUACGCACUCCAGUUACUUCGUCUCGCAGGCUACACAAAUGUGCUCGCAACAGCCUCUCAGCGCCAUCACGAUUUCUUGCGCUCCCUAGGUGCAAAGCACGUCUUUGAUUAUCGCAGCGCCAACUUGACAUCCGAGAUUCGCGCCGUUUUGGGUCCUGAUUCCACGGGCGUGGAGCUGGCUCUGGACGGAGUGACCGCAGAGGACACAUUGGCCAGGAUUGGUCAAGUGCUUAGCCCGCGAGGGACCGUUGCUCUACUUCUGCCCAUCAAGGUCGGGGACGCUGUUGCAGUGGGAGAUGCUGGGAUGCGUUGGGAGAUACCUCCCCAGAGCAAUCCAUUCACGGCCGAGACAAACAUGUCCUAUGUUCGCACGUUCCAUUAUGACGAGAACGAGUAUCUAAAGCAACAUCUUAUGCCAGAAAUUCUUCCCCAACUAUUAGCGGCGGACCUGAUUCAGCCCAAUCGUGUCCGUCUGCUCGACCAGGGAACACUCAAACAACGCGUCGAGAUUGGCCUGAACCUGUUGCGAAAUAACAAGGUCAGUGGGGAGAAGGUCAUAGUCAAAGUGUCUGAGUAG